AUGGCACAUACAAAUGAAAUAAUCAUCAACGGCGCAUCAUCAAGGUCGAUGCAAUCGCAAUGUGGUAGUUACCAAAUUGUAGGAGCUGGGGAAGAAAGAAAAAUGGAUGAAAAGAAAAGUACACAACGAUCGUCCUUUUUCACUAAAAGAACUGCUAUGUUGUUUUUUGUUCUUGCUUGCAUCUUUUUAAAGCACCAGGAUUAUGCUCCAAGACAGGGUGUGAGUACUUUAUUACAAGUACGUAAUAAAGUAGGUAGAAAUUUAAGGACAAAUGAUGAAAACGCUCCAAUAGAGGAGGAAGAGGAGGAGGAAUUCGGAGAAAGUCAGAAAUAUUACGUAGAGGAAGAAAUUCAAAAACCAAGUGAAGUACGAAAGGCGAAUAAAGAUUCUGUGCGAACUGCUCGCAUGGAUGAUAAAAAUUAUUUAAGCACAUUACAAGAAUCAUAUGACGAAAUGGAUAAUGAUGAUAAGGAAGAGCAAAAGAAAAAAGAAAAAAAAAUCAAAGAAAAGAAAAAAGAGACGUUGCAGGAGAAGUUCCGUAAAUGGGAAGAAAGUAAAAGAUGGAAGGAGCUCCUGGAGGAAGGAAAGAAGCUGCUGAAUGAUAAGUUCUUACUGAAAGAGAAGUUUCUACUCAAUGAGAACUAG